AUGGCCGAUCUUUCUGGCCUCACUGCUGUGCUGCACAACAAACCAAGCUGUGAGGAGGACGACAGCUCUGCUGGAUGGACGCUGAGGAGGAACACAACCAGAGAAACCAGGACUCAGUGUGGAGCUGGCUGGGGAAGAUCAGCUGGUUCUUCCUGUAACAUCAGCUACAUCGACCCAGUGGACAGUGGAGUUUACUGGUGUGAGUCCAGAGAGGGAGCAACCAGUAACACCAUCAGCAUCACUGUCACUGGUGGACCAGUGAUCCUGCAGAGUCCUGUCCUCCCUGUGAUGGAGGGACAUGAUGUCGCUCUGCACUGUAAAACAGAGACCCCUCCCUCCAACCUCCCAGCUGGUUUCUAUAAAGAUGGCUCCCUCAUCAGGACUGAGCCUACAGGUCACAUGACCAUCCACCAUGUUAACAAGUCUGAUGAAGGCCUCUACAAGUGUAACAUCAGAGGUCGUGGAGAGUCUCCAUCCAGCUGGAUCUCUGUCACAGUGCAGAAAACCAACACGAGUCAUCCUCCAACCACCUCUCCUCCUGGUUCCUCCUCUGCUCUUGAAUUUGUGGUGUGGUCUCCGAUUAUAUCUUUAUGUGUUUUAAUUGUGCUGUUUCUCCUGGUUCUCCUGCUUCUACUGGUGAGACGAUACAUCUGUAGGAAACCUCUAUGUUAGAUACAGAAUCAGACAAGAAAAAAAGACUAAUUGUGUUUCAUAUUUUUUAUUUACAGCCACUUGCUGCAGUUCACAUUAAAAGUAACUUUAUACUCUUGCUAUUUACUUUUCUAUUAACACUUCUGGAGAGUACACAUAAUGUGAAAUUUUGCAGUAGGAUUCUCAUUAAUUUACACCGCUGUUAUACAUAUUUGGAACUGUAGAUGUACAAAUUUCCCUUUUUCUGAAAAUAAAGGAUUUCUC